AUGUCAUAAAGUGAUGAGAAUGAUUAAUUCCAACAAAUUUUAAAUUCACUUGAGAUCAGCAAGCGAAAGAUGAGUAUUUCUGUUCAUCAGUCCAAACUAUUGGAAGAAUCAAAAAAAUAAUAAAGCAAACGAUUUACUAUGGAGCUCCCUAAAAAUAUUGAGGCCUCUCAAUCUCAAAAAGAAAGAAUCAUCACUAAUCAUCUUUUAAAAGAUUUAGCCCCCCUUGACAAAUAGAAUGAAGAAAAUCUGAAAACUCCUAAAGUACCACCAACAAAUAAAAUAAAAACCAUUAAAAAAGGAAUUUUAUUAUUAGGCUAAAAGUUUCAUAAAGAUUUGAGCUUCUAUUUAAAAACAAUGGAACCUUUAGAUUUUUAAGAAUUGUAAUAAUCAAAUGAAUUGUUAAUAUAAAAUGCUUUAUGCGCUGGUAAAUAUGUAAAUGAUUAUGGGUUAUUUUGUGUGUUAAAAGAAGCUUUGAACAAAAAAAAUAUCAAAACAAUCAUAUAAUAAGAUUGUAUUGUAGAUGAAGAUGGCAAUUUUGCAGGAAUACCAUAAAAUACAAAAAAUCUUAGAAAGACAUUGGGUUUACAGGAACUUCAUUAUUGCAGUGGAAAAAUUUCAUUAUUAAAAUUUCAUAUAAAUAAUAGGUUUAAUUUAUCUAAUUACAUUUUUUGGUCAAAAGAACUUGAGAAAUUGGAAACUGUAAUAAAAGAUAGCCUUUUGAGUUAAAAUUAGUAGAUAUUAAUGAUAAGAAUAGAUGAAACAUAUUUAGAAUUUACUAUUCCUGAUUUUGAUGAUAAUCAAUCUCCAUAAUUUAUGUCAAAAUUAAGGUAACAAAAUUUAGAUGUCUAAGUGUUACCAUUAAUUACUCAUUUCACAUUUAGAUUGUCUGACUUAAAUCCAUGGAUGAAUAAAGAGAUAAACAAAGAAUGGAAAUUAUUUUCGGUUCAGUGUGAUCAAUAAUAAUGCAUUGGAUAUAUUGAUAUGAAUUAACCUACUAUUUUUAAUGAAAUUCCUAGUCCAAAAACUUUGGCCAUCAAACUUUAUGGCGAAAUACAUCAAUAUUAACUAGUUUUAUAGAUGAGUGAAAAAUAAGUAAUGGGAAUUUUACUAAGAGACAAAGCUUGA